CACCCGGUAGCGCCAUGCAGCGCCAACUGAGCCAGCCCGGUGUCGUGGACAACGAUUUGUCUGACUAUUGGACGGAGAUCAAGGACAUAGAGGAGAACUCAGAAAGUUUCGGUAGCGAGGAAGAUCUGUGUAAAACGCCAGAUGAAUUUGAACACAACACAGAGUGGCUAAAGGACUCAGGACUUACUGGUGCGGCCUCAAAGCUUUCAGCUGGGAACGAGGUCCACAAUGUUUAUGGAGAAGUCGACGAGGUUUUGAUGUCAACACUUACACGGACGCAAGCGGCGGCCGUGGAACGUCGCGUCUCCAACCUGAACCAGACACUGCGGAUGAAGGGCAGGGCGCAGCCGCGGGACGUCAGGGAUAUCUUCCAGCCACCGUCCUCUCCGACAAGUCCCACAAUGCCUCAGGAGGACGCACAAAGGGGGGCUGAAGGAAGAGAGAUAAUUCCAAGUCCAUUUCUUCCCCAGCCUCGCGAGAUCAUCCCCAGCCCCCCGCGCAGCAUCAGCCCCCCUCUCCCCUCCCCCCUGGAGGACAGCAGACACCCCCCUGUUCGACGGAGAGUCUCUUCCUCAUCAUCCAUCAACCUGGGAGUUACAGAUGCAGCAACUGGUGUCCGAACAAUGAGUGUUCAACCCAAGUCCCCGGGGACUCACAAGGAACUUUCGAGAAGAGUGUCCAACCAGGAACUUGUGUCAGAUACAGACAUAUCCUUAGACUUUUCAUCAGAUGCAAAACUGGAAGUUGGGGCUAAGUCAGACGAUGAAUACAGUGCAGAUCAAUUACCGAAUUUUACUCUAGUCAAAGACAAAUACGGAGUGACCAAAGUCGGUGACUUGUCGGAGAGAGACAUGAAGAAGGUGCGAUCGUUAGCGCUGAUCGAACUGACGGCGCUCUUCGACACCCACAACAUUGAACUCAAGAGAAGACGGCCAGGAAAGGUCAAGUUGAAAGAAUCUGGAGUAUUUAGUGUCCCACUGGAGGUUCUUGUUGAGCAAGACCAGAAGAAAAGAGAUGGAAUCAAGACCCCUCUCAUAUUACAGUCUAUCAUACUAUUCCUGGAGGAAAAUGCCUUAAACAUUGAGGGGAUUCUCAGAGUUCCAGGGUCGGCAGCUAGAAUAAAAAAUCUCAGGAAAGAUAUAGAAGAGAGGUUCAACAACGGUGACUUCACGUGGGACCGUGUACGGCCCAAUGACGUGGCAGCGCUACUUAAACAGUUCCUACGGGAGUUGCCGAACCCCCUACUAACUUAUGAGUACCUGUCUGCCUUUGCAUCUGUGGAGCAUAUCCCUGACAGGAGGCAACAGCUCCAAGCACUCAACCUGCUCAUCCUGCUGUUGCCUACUGUACAUAGAGACUCCCUCAAGUUGUUGUUGAAGUUCCUGUCCAAGGUGGUGUCCAAGGAGAAGGAGAACAAAAUGAACAUCAACAACGUGGCCAUGAUCAUGGCUCCCAACAUGUUCCUUGUGAAGUCAGGAUCAAAGAACGUCAACUACAACGAGGUCAAGAUGGCGGCAGGGACGUCCCAGAUUGUCCGAAUGUUGAUCAAGUACCACAAGAUUCUAUGGACAGUGCCUUCGUUUAUGGUGAUGCAGGUUCGUCGCCUGUACCAAGUGGAGAGUAGUAAAACAAAGGACUCUAAAGGGCUGAUGAAGCUGAUCGGCAGACACCACAAAGAGAAGAAAACUACCAUCCCUUCUGCUGGUCAGGAGGAUCCUCUGCCCAAAGGUGUGAUAAAAGUAGUAGCCCCUCAUCUGACAAAAACAGCCAUGGUGCUCGACCUGGACCCACAGCUGACAGCAGGAGAUGUCGUUAAAAGGUUCAGAGGGAGAACCGCUAGCCAGGACAAUUCCUCGGAGCCUGGGAAUGCACCGCCCGGCUGUAUCAACCCUCGACAGUCAGCAGUGUAUGCCAGGAACAACACGUACUUGUACGAGAAAGGUGGAAACAUUGGGGAACGAUGUUUGGACAUGGACACCAACAUAGCGACCUUGGUCAAGGUUAAUCCACACGCUGAGUGGGUCUUAAAACCAAAAAGUCAUUAAGUGCCCUUCCUUAUAGUACUUAAGAUUCAAGAUCAUUUGUCUUUCAGUUUAAAUUUUCGUUUUCUGUACAAUUGUUCAGGUCCAGUCCCUGACCCUAUAGGGGCUGGAUGUGAAUUUUAUUGAAUCAUAAAGUCAAAAUUUGACAAUAGUCUGUGCAAGGGGUAUUCUCAUCGUCUCUGUUUGGUCAAGACUGACCAUAACUGAAUGACCAUAAAUGAAUAUAAUAUCUUGUCUAAUACAAACUAGUAGAAAGUAAACUAAAACAUAUCAAGCAGUUUACAUAUUUAUGAACGUACUUAUAUACAUCAGAUUUAUAUAGUGUGGAUGAAAAAAGACCAUCCAAGGUUUGUCAUUUUUUCAGAUUUUCCAAACCCCCAACAGACCCUCAAAAAGCUUCCUUGUAUCAUUCUGCUUUGUGAGAAAAAACUAUGUUUUCUAUAUUGUUGUUGCUGUAACUAGGUAUGUGGAAGUUGGGGUGAAUGUUGCCUUCGAAUUAAACAAAAUGUUCAAUGCUGUCUCCAGUGUUCUAUGAAACCCUUCUGCACCCUUUGAGUUCUCGGUUCUUGGUUUCUUUCUCGUUCGUUUUUGGCGACUCCUCAGGGGCGGGCCUAAUGGCACACUAUUGUUACAUGUUUUAUCCAAUGGACAAGCUUUUAUUGACCCAUUUUUACCUAUGAAUAAUGAAAUUACAUUUUGUUCUAUGUUGCAUCUUUCAUUUAAGUCACAAAUUGUGCACAUGCCCUUCUUCCUUUAUCACAUGACUUCUAUGGACCAAUCAGCAAGUGCCUAAUGUUCUAUAUUCGCUCAAACAUGGGUUUUGCCCUUUUUUUAAUAUCCAGUAAGUUUUGCAUGAAAUGAAAGUUUUUACAAAUCUUAUUCUGAAUCAGUUCUUUAGAAUACUGGUACCCAUUUUUUGUGGAAAAAAAUCAAAGAACCGAGAACUCAAAUUGGUACAUCCCUUUAGACUAUAUAACACUGUAGGUGCCUUUAGUAGGUUGUUGCUGGUUUUCAUGAAUUAUGUAAAAAGAAGAAUGUAAGUAUUAUAUGAAUGCAACUGAACUUGAUCAGAUGAUGUCCUUAAUAGCAAAAGUAGAAGUUUGUAAAUAUUGGUACCUUAAAUUUUAAAACCUUUCCAGUGUACUUAUGUGACAAAAAUCAUGCCUCAAAUGUGUGAUUUACCGUGUUAAAAGUUGUCUAAUUGAAGCUUCUCUUAUAUCAGUGUCAGAGAUACUCAGAUUCUUAGACCUUUGAUGAGUAAGUGCUUUUUGUGUACUGUCAAAAGUUGUGGCUAUUUGCUUAGUAUGUUUUCAGAUUUGGCAUCUUUAGAAGAAUAGUCAUCCAUAGGAAUGAAGUCAUGUGGCCUUACGUCAUACAAAAAUGGCUCUUCCAAAAUAAGCAACAUGCUUUUUGCCACCAGUAGGAUUUUUUUCAGAUUCGUUUCAAUUUCACUGCCAUGAUCUAAUUCAUUACCUGUUUUCUGUUUGUACCUAAAGAUAUACAAAUGUAUAUUGCAUAAAGAUUUGUUGGGCUAAAGUACAACGUCAAGCUUAAUGUUAAUGAAAAGAUUUUUAAAGUGGGGGAUAAUAAAAAAAAUCUUAAUAUUCAAGAAGAAAACUAGUACAUGUAACUGGAAUGCCUUUACCAAACCAUUGAUGGAAACAUUUUUAAGCAAAUUUUGUCAAGAUAUUUGGUAUCCAAAGCAAUUAAAUUCCUUCCCUUCUUUUGGUUGCAGUGUAUGUGAAAGUUUUGGACAUUAUUGUAGCUGCAGUUCCUUCCAUUUAUUUAGAGUGUAUUUUUGAUAGAACUAUAUGAGAGGGCCAAAUUUUAAUAUGAUGGUAUGGCAUGCUGGCAUAGCUUAAAUUGCCGAAGUCACCAAAAGUUAACAUUUCCUGGUUGCAAUUAGCCUAAAUAUAAUAACAGCAUUAUUCAAUGAACAUAGAUGUUUGUACAAAUUAUACACACUUCCAAUGUUAUUGAAUAUUACAUCUUACGAAACGUACUUCCAAUUCUCGAUUCCUGUCACCUGGUACUUAAUACACUACUAUGUCAAUUUCUGCCCAUAGUGAAGAUAGCAGCCGAUUCUUAACCUGGCAGUGUGACUUACUAUACAUAAAAUUGUUCUUUUGAGAAGGAAAAAAAAACAUUAUGAAAACUGCAAUUAUAUUGUAUGUACUUAACAAUAAUGAUGUACUGUUUGCUUCUCAAAAGAAUGUUUACUCGAGUCACUGUCUGAAUGUUCUAUGUUUAUUGAUAAUACUUAUGAUGGCUGUUUGUAAUGAGGAACUGUUAUAUUUUAGCGUCAAUAUUGACAUAAGCACUUAUGAAAAUUGUGUCUUAACCUUCCUUCCAGUUACUAUAAUGUAUGAUUGUACUAUAGAUUGUGCCUUGUAUUGUCCAGCCAUUGAUUAUCACCCCCAAGUCUUGUAAUUAAAAAAAUGGCAGCUUUAUACUGUAAAUUGUAUGAUUUUACUGCAGUAAAAGCU